AUGUCCUCCGCUCAGGCAGAUGGGACGGCCCUCUGGCCGCCUGGCACCGUCUAUCUUCAGGAUGCCUGUGCCACCGGCAGCGAACUGAUCCUCCAACCUCGACCGACUGACGACCCAAACGAUCCUCUCAACUGGUCUACGCGACGCAAGUACAUGAACAUCGGCUUCGUCUGCUUCUAUGUGGCCAUGGUGGCCGAGUUCAUCAACGCGGCGACCCCGACCUGGGGCCCAAUGAACAAGGAGCUCGGCUUCAGCUACGAGAUCCUGAACGACAGCUACGCUGCUGGAUGCGCUUGUCUGGCUACCGGCUCGCUCAUACUGAUCCCCUUCGCCUUGAAGUACGGCCGCCGACCUCUCUACCUCUUCAGCACGGUUCUGCAGUUUGCCCUCAGCAUCUGGUCUGCCAAGAUGAGGACCGUGGCAGACCUUAUGCUGAUCAAUGUUCUGCAAUGCUUCUUUGGGAGCCUGGCCGAGGCCAUCGUUCAGAUGACGAUUGCCGAUGUCUUCUUCGUGCACCAGCGUGGGAGGAUGAACGCCAUCUACGUCUGGGUGUGGCUGCUGUCGAGCUACAUGGGGAGCCUGAUCGCCGGCUUUGUGGCCAAAGGGCAAGGGUGGAGAUGGGUGUGGUGGUGGAACGCGAUCAUCUUCGGUAUUGCUAUCAUUCUCGUAGGCUUUGGCUACGAAGAGACCAAGUUCUAUCCUUCCUCUACGCACAAUAUCUCAUCUACAGGACUUCCAGAGAACGAGGCAGUUCCCUCCAAGGAAAGUCCCGGGGGCCUUGUCGACGAGAAGAGCGCUCCUGGUGGGCAACAACAUCGCUUAAACGCUGAGUCUGCCGACCUGGAAUCCAAGAAGGUCUCUCAUGAGCCUUUAACGGACGCUGCCGGCGCUGUGAGGAUCAACCCUAAUAUCCCAAGGAAGACCUACUGGCAGAAACUCGCCAUCACAACGACCACAAGAUCAGCCGCCGACACGAAUGAAUCCUACAUCACCCAUAUCUGGCAGCCACUCGUUCUUCUGGUCACCAUUCCGGCCAUCACAUUUGGUGCCUUGGUGUACGGUAUUCUAGUCGGACUGGGUGAUGUCAUGUCGGCCACCAUGUCGACCUACCUACCUCAGGAGCCAUACAGUUUCACAUCUGAUCAGAUCGGCCUCAUGCAUCUUCCCAGGAUGAUUGGGGUCACUAUCGGUGCUCUCAUAGUAGGCCCGCUGAGCGACUGGUUCAUCGUUUGGCUCUCCCGUCGGCGGAAUGGCAUCUACGACCCAGAGAUGCGGCUGUGGUGCAUUGUCCCAUUCCUCCCGUUUGUGCCGGCCGGUGCUCUUCUCUUUGGCAUCGGCCUCAAUAACCACCUUCCAUGGCCUAUCAUUGCUGUGGGCCUAGUCUUGUAUAACAUUGGUGUCACACCCAUCGACAGCAUCAUUGUCACCUACCUGACUGACUCUUACCGAGACAUUAUCGGAGACGCAUUAGUCGGUGUCACGGUUGUGCGAAAUACUUUCAGCACUGCUUUCAUCUUCGCCAUGACACCCUGGAUCGCGACGAUUGGUCUCAAAUGGGUGCUUGUGACAAUUCUGCUCAUUGCAUGUGCAAUUCUCAUGUUCUUCGGGGUGUUCAUUCGCUACGGAAAGACCUUCAGGGGCCACACUGCUUCAAGAUAUGAGUACUACGCUGCGCGGCAGUACAAAGACAGGGCGGCUUCUUGA